UUUUUUUUUUUCGCUGAGGGGGAGGAUUCAGGAUGUCAGCCAAGAUGUGACAGAAGCGAUGGGACGCUGAGAGAGAGAGAAGUAACUAUCACUGCACGACGGGAAGAGGAAAGUUUAUCUAGAGCGAAGAAAAUACAUUAAAAAUCACGUCAAAUGGCGACAAAGCUGUCCGACCUGGAGAAUGCCAUUAACACUUUGGUCACAAACUUCCAUGCUGCUUCUUCUGACAAUCAGCCUACGCUGAAGGUAGAUGAGUUUAAAAACCUCCUCUCCUCCCAGCUGCCAAAUCUGGUCAAGACGGAUAGUUUGGGAGAAGUGCUGAAGCAAAUGGAUGUGAAAGAUGGGGAAGGCAUCAGCUUCAAAAACUUCUGGAGCUUGAUCCAGAAUUUGGCCUCCGCCCAGCAUGGUCUGCUGAGCAAUGAGAAGUUGUCCAAAUGCACCUGCCUUUUACUAUGAGCCGUUGGCUGCAACCACAGCUUCCACCAAGACCUGGUCACUCUGCAUUUCUGUAUUUACCCCAAACUACAAUCCAUUCAUCUCCAAACAAAACAUGGUCCUUUUAAUUCCAAUAAAAAUGUUGCCAAAAUAAA